CUGUCAAAUUUUUCAAAAUUACAUUUUUAGUCUAUGGCUCAAGUGCUCUAAAUUUUGUAAUUUUUCCGGCAAUUAAUAAAAGUUAAGAGGCAAUAUAAUUAAAACGCUGAUAUGCAGAUACUUGUGUUCGUUUCAGUUUUGUCAACAGUUUUCAAUGGAUGCUAUGCAAUAUGGUGUUACCAAUGCACAACAGCUACACCAGGAUGUGGUCAGCCAUUUAACUGGAGAGGAGUUGGAUAUUUGGGUAAUCCCUGUCCCGACAAUGAAGAUGUAUGUGUUAAACUGAUCGAGAGAAAAGGAGCCAAGGAAGUUAUCACAAGAGAUUGUCUUAGUAAUUUCAAAGCAUUCCGAACUGAUAUACCAGCCGAUACAUACGAAGGUUGCCGUGCAGCUGCCAAAGAUGUCAAUUUAGGCAACUAUGUCAAUAAUACCAUCAAGGAAUUGGAUAUAAAAAGAGACUGGUAUGAUGACACUGUAUGGUGUUUCUGCUUCCUUGAUCAUCGUUGUAACACUGGGUCGGUAAAUUCUAAUUCAAUUAUAUUGUUAGCCCUGACAAGCAUAAUGUUCUUGAAAAAGAUAUUGUUUUGAUAUUAGACUAUAUUAUCAAAAUCACAAAAUUUAGACUGAGACAGGAAAUUAUAAGGUCCAUUUGAAAUAAGUUAAUCCAAUCUAUGUAUUUUUAAAAAUUCUUAUAAGUUUUGCAGACAUUUUAUUCCAAAUGCAUUUUGUAAUUUAAUUUUGUAUAUAUAAUAUUAUGUAAUGACUAUAACUUAACAGAUCUGAUAUUAUCUUAGCCUUAUUGCAAUUCAUAGAUAAGUAGCAUUUUGUAUUAAUUACUAUAAUAAUUUGAUUUGUACGCUGACAAAAUAUUUUAAUGAAUAAGAUGUAUACAGUUGAUUCAAAUAAGAAUAUAUUGGUUUGUAGAAUGAUUUAGAAUUUUGUCUGUUCAUUAAUGUUGUUGUUAUUGUGUAAUUUUAACACAAACCUAAUAGAAGUAAUACUUUAAGAAUAUAAAAAUGAUACUUUUUCAAAAUCAUUCUUGUUUAAAUGAACUAUGUGUAUCUAUAAAAUAUAGAUCUGUAACUGAUUUCAGGUAGCUAUUGUAUUUUGUACAAAUCAGAAAUAAAUAAGAAUGAACAGAGGCAGAGUUCAUCAUAGUA